AGUCACCAGCUGAGGGGAAGAAGGGGGAAUGGACGCGGAGAUACUCAGCAUCUGUACCAAGCCGUGAAGGUUGAGUCUUAUCCGACGGAUUUUGCUUAAAAACAAGGAAAAAGAAGUGCGCCUGUCAUCAUGUAUGGUUUUGUGAAUCACGCCUUGGAGCUCCUCGUUUUAAGGAAUUACGGUCCGGAAGUGUGGGAAGACAUCAAGAAGGAGGCUCAGCUCGAUAUUGAGGGUCAGUUCCUUGUUAGAAUCAUAUAUGAAGAUGGGAAAACAUACGACCUCGUUGCUGCGGCAAGUAAAGUCCUCAAGAUCGAUGCAGGAGACAUCUUGCAGAUGUUUGGGAAGAUGUUUUUUGAAUUUUGCCAAGAAUCGGGAUAUGACACCAUUUUGCGGGUGUUAGGAUCAAAUGUUCGAGAAUUCCUGCAGAAUUUGGAUGCUUUACAUGACCACUUGGGUACCAUUUACCCCGGCAUGAGGGCUCCCUCAUUCCGCUGCACCGAUGCAGAGAAGGGGAACAAUCUGAUUCUUCACUACUACUCUGAGAGAGAAGGCUUGCAAGACAUUGUCAUCGGCAUCAUUAAAACUGUCGCUCAACAAAUCCAUGGGACAGAGAUAGAGAUGAAGAUGAUCCAGCCGAAAAGCAAGGAGUGCGACCAUAUAAAGUUUCUGAUUGAGGAGAAGGACUCUGAGGAGGAGGCUUUCUACGAGGACCUGGACGGCUUUGAGGAGAACGGCACUCAGGAGACGCGCAUCAGUCCGUACACGUUUUGCAAGGCCUUCCCGUUCCACCUGAUGUUUGACAGAGACCUGAUGCUGACCCAGUGUGGGAACGCCAUUUAUCGGGUCCUGCCUCAGCUCCAGCCCGGCACCUGUAUCCUCCCUUCAGUUUUUUCUUUGGUCCGCCCUCACAUCGACUUUAGCUUUCACGGCAUCCUCUCCCACAUCAACACCGUCUUCGUUCUGCGCAGCAAGGAGGGCUUGCUGAAUGUGGAGACCGUAGAGAAUGAGGACGAGCUGACGGGGGUGGAGAUCAGCUGUCUGAGACUGAAAGGACAGAUGAUUUACUUGCCAGAGGCGGAGAACAUCCUUUUUCUUUGCUCACCCAGCGUUAUGAACCUGGAUGAUCUCACACGAAGGGGGCUCUACCUGAGCGACAUCCCUCUCCAUGACGCCACGCGCGACCUGGUGCUGCUCGGGGAGCAGUUUCGUGAGGAGUACAAGCUGACCCAGGAGCUGGAAAUCUUGACAGAUCGUCUGCAGCACACACUGAGGGCCCUGGAGGAUGAGAAGAAAAAGACAGACAGAUUGCUCUAUUCCGUUCUGCCGCCGUCCGUCGCCAACGAGCUGCGACACAAGCGGCCCGUCCCCGCAAAACGCUACGACAACUUGACAAUCCUCUUCAGCGGCAUUGUGGGAUUCAACGCCUUCUGCAGCAAGCACGCCUCGGCGGAAGGAGCCAUCAAGAUAGUCAACCUGCUCAACGAUGUUUACACACGUUUUGACAUCUUGACAGACUCUCGGAACAACCCUUAUGUAUACAAGGUGGAAACAGUCGGCGAUAAGUACAUGACGGUGAGCGGCCUGCCGGAGCCGUGCACACACCACGCCAAGUCCAUCUGCCACCUCGCUCUGGAUAUGUUGGAGAUUGCUGGACAAGUCAAAGUGGAUGAUCAACCAGUACAGAUUACUAUUGGGAUCCACACAGGCGAAGUGGUCACUGGGGUGAUCGGCCAGAGGAUGCCCAGAUACUGCCUUUUUGGAAAUACGGUCAACCUCACAAGUCGUACAGAAACUACUGGCGAAAAGGGAAAGAUAAACGUCUCAGAAUAUACGUACCGGUGUUUGCAGUCUGCGGAGAACGCUGACCCUCAGUUCAAUCUCGAGUAUCGGGGCCCCGUCACCAUGAAAGGGAAGAAGGAGCCGAUGAAGGUGUGGUUUCUGACGAGGAAGCCCACGGACACACAGCCCACCUCAGAUAGCUAAAGCUCAGCGGUUCCAUUCGACACUGAAACACCACGGCUUUCAGCCAACAGAAGCUUCAGUAAAUGUCUUUUUAGAUUACACACAUUCUGAGGCCCAGACAAAAUGCAUACUUAAUUAUUGUUCCACACACAUUUUUUAUAAUAGUUUCAGCUUGACCAUGAUCUGUUUGAACAUCACUCUAUUUUUUUAGUACAGACACAGUAGGGGAAUGUUUUAUAAAUAGUAGAAGUUAGUGAUAUUCAAGUUGGAUACAUUUCCGUAAUAGAUACUCUCACCUCGCCAUUGUACAUAAAAUCACAAAAACAUUUUUCAUUUAUCUAUAAGAGAUGUAAUUGCCGAAAUGAAUAAUGAGAAUAAUACUUUGGCCGGAUAUCAUGUUUGCGCCAAAACGCUACUGUCAUAAUUUGAGGGACCCUUUUCUUGUUUGCCGGCUGGAAUAGUUUUACACUGAACUCGUUAUACAGACAUUGAAACUGUUAAAAUUAAUACAAAUGUAGAUAUUAUAGAUGUGUUAUUUAUAUAAAGUUAUAACACCAAGUUCAACAGUUCUUUUGUGUAAAAGCUAAUGUACUGAGUUUUUCUUUUUUUAAGUCACAAAUGAUCAUUGGGUUAUCUCUUUGCUAAUUAGAAAUAUAUAAACACUACUUUAUUUUACACACUGGUUGCCCAUCCUGCUUAGUGAUCUACAUAUUUAUCAUUUUAUUUGGUAUUCAUUCUUUAUUUGUCAUACGGACUAGUAACUACGUAAACGGUAUUAUGGGUGAAACUAUUGUUUGUGCCUCUAUGAGUUCAUCUUUGUGCUGUAUGCGUUGGACAAAUUUCGACAAAUUCGUAAAUGUAACUUUUUUUUUCAGGCUAUUUUUCCAAAGUCAUUAUUAAUAAACUUCACGUAAUGUGCGUGUGAAGGACCCUUUCCACAAUGUAGCUUCCUGUGUAAGAACCAAACAGGUGCCUCUUGUACUGUGCGAGUGCAUUUCUGUGCUUGUUUCUGUUGGAAGGCAAACUAAUAAAACAGUCUUGAGAUGUGUUA